AAACUUCAGUUCUUCAGUUGGUUUGGACUGCAACUCCCACAAUUCCUAACAGCCAGUAGACUGCUAGGAAUUGUGGGAGUUGUAGUCCAAAACACCUGGAAGGCCAAAGUUUGCUCAUGCCUGUUCUAUAGCCUUGUAUCACAAGCAGAUGGCAAACCAGCAUUAAAGCAGGAUUGUCAUCAAAGGUGAUGGUCCCUAUUGCAUGAUGCUGCACACACCUUAUUGAUGGUCUACCACCUUUCCAUGAGAAACCCAUGAAUAGUUACAGAUCACACCACAUUCCCAUCAUUUACCUGGUGCAAUUGUUUGCUUCUGUCUGUCUGCAAUUCCAGCCACGGUGGCAGUGAAGUGACAUCGGGCUAGGAUUGUCCUGUUUCCCCUACUUCUUUUCACUAUUCCCGAGGAAGUAAUUGUUUGAUUUCAAAGUGGGCUUUUUUAUUAAAUAUAAUUGGAAUUGCCAAAUUGAUUUUUAAAACUUUUGAAAAAAAUAUAGCUAACACUCCAGAAGACAGGAGCAGAAUUCAAAACGAUCUUAACAGACUAGAGAGAUGGGCCGAAACUAACAAAAUGAAGUUCAACAAAUGCAAGAUACUUCACUUCGGCAGAAAAAAUGGAAUGCAAAGAUACAGAAUGGGGGAUGCCUGGCUCGAUAGCAGUAUGUGCGAAAAAGACCUUGGAGUCCUUGUGGACAACAAGUUAAACAUGAACCAACAAUGUGAUGCGGCUGCUAAAAAAGCCAACGUGAUUUUGGCCUGCAUCUAGAGGAGUAUAGUGACUAGAUCCAGGGAAGUCAUUCUCCCUUGGUCAGACUACACCUGGAAUACUGUGUCCCAUUCUGGGCACCGCAGUUGAAGGGAGAUGUUGACAAGCUGGAAUGUGUCCAGAGGAGGGCGACUAAAAUGAUCAAAGGUCUGGAGAACAAGCCCUAUGAGGAGAGGCUUAAAGAACUGGGCAUGUUUAGCCUGCAGAAGAGAAGGCUGAGAGGAUAGCCAUGUAUAAAUAUGUGAGGGGAAGUCAUAAGGAGGAGGGAUCAAGCUUGUUUUCUGCUGCCCUGCAGACUAGGACACGGAACAAUGGCUUCAAACUACAGGAAAGGAGAUUCCACCUGAACAUCAGGAAGAACUUCCUCACUGUGAGAGCUGUUCAGCAGUGAAACUCUCUGCCCCGGACUGUGGUGGAGGCUCCUUCUUUGGAGGCUCUUAAGCAGAGGCUGGAUGGCCAUCUGUCGGGGGUGCUUUGAAUGCGAUUUUCUUCUUCUUGGCAGGGGGUUGGACUGGAUGGCCCAUGAGGUCUCUUCCAACUAUUAUUCUAUGAUUCUAUAUGGAGCAGCAAAAGUAUGGGAAGACAGGCUUACAAACGUGUACAGAGAUAGGAAUGCAGGGCCACAGAUCAGCAAAUCAACACAGUUGCACAAAUGCAGAGAUGUAUGAUGGCAAGGCUGCUCAAUGCUCAUGCUAAUAUGGUAUGCCAAUUCUCCAGUUGCCACAAGAUUUUCAUUAAUGAGUCUGAUGAAGCAAAAUUUGGGGCCAUUUCGGGGUCACUUUAUCGGAUAUAUAUUUCCCCCUUUUUUCCUUGGAUGGGUUAUUCUCAUGGUUAUGUAUAGCCAAGAAGCCAGCUUUAAAAUGAUUUUUGCAACCUCAGUACAUCCAGCCUCAAAAAUACAGCUAACAGAUAAAAAAACUAAAUAAAUCAGCAGCCCAAACCCCAAUUACAGUUGAAGAUACCAUAUGUUUAUAUGUACAGACUGCAUCUGUUAGCAAAAAUUUGCUCUGUUUAUGGGAACCUAGUUGGCUCAUUUAAGUUCAAAGUCAUAUCCUUCUCGAGCAGGUUGAAAUAUUAUAUUCCAUACUUAGCCAUUUUUCCCCUUGGCAAGUUGAAUUCUUUUUUUUAACCUCUAUCCACUUCAUUUUAACUGCAAUAUAAAUUUUGCAAAGGUUUCCUGUUUUCUCAGCUCACGUCUGUUUUCUUUUAGGGACUACAAAUAAAAAUAUGAAUUUCUGUUUGUUUACUUUGUUAUUGCAUUUGGUGGAACACAAGGUUGGGUAAGCAUAAUUCCCAUUUGGAACACCACUGGUCAUAUUCAAGACUUGGGUGGAUGAAGAUUCAGUCUAGUUUACUUUUAAAAGAAAUGUACCAAAAUCCACAUUUUCCUCAUAUUCAGGAAAGAAUAUGGGUUGUUUUAAAAUUAAACCUGGGACAACCACACACCUAGAUUCACUCAUGAGAUGACCAGAUUCGACAGUCAUUGUACUAACUCCCAAGGUUUCAAGUGUUUAAUGUGAAUAAUCUAGUUUAGGAUUCUAGGGUUUUCUGGCAAGUUUUUGAUACAAACAUUUCCAUUUGGGUUUUUUUUUUGUUUUUGCAUAUUUUAUUUGUUUGCUUUAAAAGUCUCCUUGGUGAGUUUCAUUUAUGUUCAUCUAUAAGAAUUUAGUGAUUUUUUUCUUCUUCAUCAGUAUUUUUUUUAAAAAAAACUACCUUUAAGUGAGGUAUAAAAAUCAUUUUAGCAAUAUGAUCUCCUCCUCCUUGGUUUGGGCUAUUUGACAAUACAAGCCAUUGUGCCAUCAUAUAAAUGACAAAAAUGAGACAUUUUACUAAAUUUUCACCUCUGUAUGUGAUGAGGAUUUGUUUUGACGUAAUUGAGAUUUCUUUGUUGAUAAACACUUUGCAAAAUACGGAAUUGUUUUCCAAAAUGUAUAAGGCAAGCUAGGCAAAGUGUAUGUAGCUGGGUUGUUGUGAGUUUUCUGGGCUGUAUGUUCAUGUUCCAGAAGCAUUUUCUCCUGAGGUUUCGCCCACAUCUAUGGCAGGCAUCAUCAGAGGUUGUGAGGUCUGUUGGAAACUAGUCAAGGGGGGUUUAUAUAUCUGUGGAAUAAUGUCCAGGAUGGGAGAAAGAACUCUUGACUGCUUGAGGCCAGUGCGAAUGUUGCAAUUGGCCACCUUGAUUAGCAUUGAAUGGCCUUUCAGGUUCAAAGCCGGAUUGCUUGCUUCCCUUCUUUGUUGGGAGGUGUUUGCUGGCCUGAUUGUUUCCUGUCUGGAAUUCCCCUGUUCUUUUUUUUAGUGUUCUUUAUUUACUGUCUUGAUUUUACAGUGUUUCACUUCUAUGCUCCUAUCCUCAGGGAAUGCAGAGGGCAGACUCCAUUUCUCUCUGCGAUCCCUCUUAAAAUGGAAACAGAAAAGACAACGGUGAAGCCCUUCCAGAGUCUAUCCCAUCAGCUCCUGGGACACUGCCCCAUUUUAUUCAGGAGCCAGAUGACGCAUAUAUAAUUAAAAGCAACCCUAUAGUGUUACGCUGCAGAGCUGCACCUGCAAUGCAAAUCUUCUUCAAGUGCAAUGGGGAGUGGGUCCACCAGAAUGAGCAUUUCUCCGAAGAAACCACAGAUGAAAGUACAGGCUUGAAGGUUCGGGAAGCAUAUAUCAAUGUGACAAGACAGCAAGUGGAGGAUUUUCAUGGACCAGAGGACUACUGGUGCCAAUGUGUGGCAUGGAGCCACCUGGGAACGUCAAAAAGCAGGAAGGCUUCCGUCCGCAUAGCCUAUUUACGCAAAAACUUUGAACAAGACCCGCAGGGAAAGGAGGUGCCUCUCGAAGGGAUGAUCGUGCUGCACUGUCGGCCGCCAGAGGGUGUACCUGCAGCAGAGGUGGAAUGGCUGAAGAAUGAAGAAAUCAUUGUUGCUGCAGAGGAUGAGAAUAUUGACACCAGGGCAGAUCACAACCUGAUCAUCCGCCAAGCCCGCCUGUCUGAUUCGGGGAACUACACCUGUAUGGCAAACAACAUAGUUGCCAAGCGAAGAAGUCUGUCAGCCACUGUUGUGGUGUAUGUGAAUGGGGGCUGGUCGUCAUGGACAGAAUGGUCUAACUGCAACGUACGCUGCGGCAGAGGAUGGCAGAAGAGAUCCAGGACCUGUACGAACCCUGCUCCUCUCAAUGGAGGUGCUUUCUGCGAGGGAAUGUCUGUGCAGAAAAUUACCUGCACUUCCUUGUGUCCUGUGGACGGUGCUUGGGAAGCAUGGAGUGAAUGGUCUGUAUGCAGCCCUGAGUGUGAACAUUUGAGGGUCCGUGAAUGCACCGCUCCUCCUCCACGUAAUGGUGGGAAAUUCUGUGAAGGACCAAAUCAAGAGUCGGAGAACUGCACGGAAGGUCUUUGCAUUCAUGAUAGAAAGCCUCUUCAUGAAAUAAAACCCCAAAACAUUGAGAACGCAACAGACAUUGCCUUGUACUCAGGCCUGGGUGCCGCAGUCAUCACCGUAGCGGUCAUUGUCAUUGGUGUGACUCUCUACAGACGGAGCCAGAGCGAGUAUGGUGUGGAUGUGAUUGACUCAUCAGCUCUCACAGGAGGCUUCCAGACAUUUAACUUCAAAACUGCCAGACAAGGUAACUCCCUUCUUUUGAACUCAUCCAUGCAGCCUGACCUGACUGUGAGUAGGACCUACAGUGGACCCAUUUGCCUUCAAGACCCCAUUGACAAGGAACUCAUGACAGAAUCCUCCCUUUUCAACCCUUUGUCUGACAUCAAAGUCAAAGUUCAGAGCUCCUUCAUGGUUUCGUUGGGUGUGACAGACAGAUCUGAAUAUCAGAGAAAAACACAUUCUGGGACAUUUCCACAUGACAGCAACAGAACCUUCAACUCUAUACAUACAAAGAACAAAGCGGCAUAUAUCCAAAAUUUGUCAACACUCUGCAAACAAAACGAGAUGAGGACCACUGGAGUAUUUGGCCACCUGGGAGGACGUUUGGGUAUCCCCAACACAGGGGUGAGCCUUCUGAUUCCGCAUGGGGCUAUUCCUGAAGAAAUCUCUUGGGAGAUCUAUCUUUCCAUCAACCAAGGCGAGUCCAGCUUACAGCCAGAAGGCAGUGAAGUCCUCCUUGGCCCAGAAGUAACUUGUGGUCCUCCAGAAGUGACAGUUUCUACCCCAUUUGCCUUGACAAUACCACACUGUGCAGAAGUGAACUCUGAGCACUGGAACAUCCAUGUGAAAAAGAAAAAGCAUCAGGGCAAAUGGGAGGAGGUUAUGUCUGUGGAAGAGGAGACUACUUCCUGCUACUGUCUCUGGGACCCUUAUGCCUGUCACAUUCUUUUGGACUCAUUUGGGACUUAUGCCAUUAUGGGGGAAUCCCUCUCUGAUUGCUCUGUUAAAGAGCUAAAAGUAGCUGUCUUUGGAAGUAUGUCUUGCAACUCAUUGGAUUACAGUCUGCGAGUGUACUGCGUGGAUAACACCCCCUGUGCAUUUCAGGAAGUGAUUUCAGAGGAGAGGCAACAAGGGGGACAGUUGCUGGAAGAACCAAAGCUGUUGCAUUUCAAAGGGAAUACCUUCAGUCUUCAGAUCUCUGUCCUUGAUAUUCCACCUUUCCUCUGGAGAAUUAAACCAUUCACUGCAUGUCAGGAAGUUCCUUUCUCUCGGGUGUGGCGCAACAAUCAGCAGCCACUGCACUGUGCCUUUUCACUGGAGCGCUACACUCCUGCCACCACGCAGCUUUCUUGCAAAAUCUGUGUCAGACAAGUCAAGGGCCAUGAACAAAUCUUACAGAUUCAGACAUCUAUUCUUGAGACUGAAAGAGAAACAAUCCCUUUCUUUGCACACGAGGACAGCAACUUCCCUGUUCAGAUGGGACCGCAAGCCUUCAAGAUACCAUAUUCUAUCCGGCAAAGGAUAUGUGCAACGUUUGACACGCCCAACGCCAAAGGCAAAGACUGGCAGAUGUUAGCACAGAAAAACAGCUUCAACAGGAAUUUGUCUUACUUUGCUACCCAGAACAGCCCAUCUGCUGUCAUUUUGGACUUAUGGGAAGCCAGGCAUCAGCACGAUGGUGACUUAGACUCUCUAGCUUGUGCUUUGGAAGAGAUAGGAAGGACACAGCCCCAAAUAUCGGACCUCACAGAAACUCAGAUUGAAGAAUCCAACUUCAGCUACAGCAGACAAAAUGGACUUUAGUUGUCGCUUUUCUUUUGAAGAACUGAGGCCUGGGUCCGACUCUGUACUCGAUGAAAUUCCUGUUGGCGGAGAAGAAACUACAAACCAUGCUAUGAUUUCAUGCUCAUACAUGCACACAAGAAAAACACACAAGCUUAACUUUCCUGCAAUGGUUUACUCCUUCAUGCCACCAAACCAAUUUCCAGUCAGAGGAAGAUAAUAAUCUGCUAAACUCCAAGGAAAACAUAUGCCUCUCUAUGAGAGGAGGAAAAUAUUGUCUCCUGAUGCUGAAGGUUUAAUUUGAUAUUAGGGUUCAUCUUUAUGGCACAAAAUGUUAAGGGAUACAUUCUACGGUAUCCAGGAGCGGGAAAUGAGUGAAUGUGCCAAGAUGCCUAAAAUUAUCUAAAAUCUAGAUAUUUCUUUGUAUUAGACUGUUCACGUGAUUUUUUCCUGCCAUUCUGUUAUUUAUGGUUUAAUAUGUAACUUAAACUUAAGACAUGGCCCUGCAGAGGGAACAGGUAAGUGCAGAUAUUUUGGUAGGGAAAGGAGGGAGACAAAAUAUAAUUUCCUGAUGAUGAACAUCCCAAGACGGAAGAAUCUGAAAUUGAGACAAUUUUCUCAGAAGUACUAUGUCCUAAAAUAAUUCCUAGAUUUUUUUUUAAUUGCCCCCUUAAGAAAAAUGGCACUCUGCAGAAUUUUUUCCAGUGUUUUGGAUAUGUGCAAAACUCUAAAAGAAGCUAUGGUGAUGAAAAUAAUUUUAUUCUCAAAAAUCAAAUAUGAUUGAAGGAAUGGGAGGACAAGUAUAUCAACCACAGUGUUAGCAUUAUUAUAACAGCUGUCAAAAUAUCUAGAUAAAUUAACAUUCUCUUUAAGACACAUAUGGAAUGUUAGACAGGGAAAAACAUGCUUUUUUGUAGUUCAUAUUGAUUGAAAGAUUCCUACAUUGAAAAUAGGCUGUACUUUGUUUUUCCCCCAAUACAAAUUCCUAACUAAAUAGACAAAGAAAAUUACACAAAGAUAGAUGAAACAUUAAUCUGAUUCCCUCAUUUUAUGUCGCAAAUUUAAGACCACAAAAUGCUCUCAUCUCAAAAGCACAUUUGCUGAGUGUUCUGAGGCUUUAAAGGAGAGAGAAGCUAUGAUGCCAUCUGAAGUAUUUAAGGAUCCUUAUCUUAAAAGAGAUGCCAGUUAUGGGUAAUAACCUCUUUAUCGUCUUUUAAACUCACAAAGUACUAGGGUAGCUGGACUACUCACAUGCGCUGGUCUAUACAAUGUGUUGCAUUAUAUCACUUUAACUGUACUGCAUAUACUCAUGUAUAAAUUGACCUCAUUGAUUUAGUUGGGGGAAGCUUUAGAGUCAAAAGUAUGGAUUUUGAUGUGACCCAUGAAUAAGUCAAGGGUUGUUCCAUGGAGAGGAGAAUGGGACAUUGCCAUUUAAAAAGGCCAAAAAUAGCACUGUGGUGGAGAAGGUGCUUCUUUUGAGGACAUCUAGGACAGACUAAGUUCUUGCCUUUUGUCACAGUACUCAGAGAAGGGAAUGUUUCCUUUUCUUAUAUUGAUCUGUGGAAAGUUUGACCCAGGAUUUGGGGCCAAUUUGUUGAUUAAAAUGUCUUGAUGUAUAUAUGAGUAUAUGCCUAGCUAUAUAGCAGAGAUGCUAAAAAGCUUGACUGUAUUGUGAAGAUGUGUAGUGGGAAACCAGCAAGAGUACCCAAUGCAUAUUGUCACCUUUUGCACAUCGGUUCUCAGUGGGCACCUGUCUCAUUGUGCAUUGAUCCUGUUGUGCAUUGGUCACUUUGCUAGCUCUCCUGAAUAGUAAUGUAACAGCAGCCUUCGACUAGAUAUGAACAUUACACAAUUGCAUUUUGAAUUUUUACAUAUGUAAAUCUACUUACGAAGAUGUAAGACCCAACAGGAUUCCAGCUGUUAUUUUUAAGCACAAACAUGAUUCUCCCAGCUUUAAUGAGUACUGUGUUAAUCUGUUUUUCUCUUACAAACCGUCCAAUGCCAGUGUUGCAGUAGUACAAUCAAAUACAAGCUUUAUGGGGCUUCUGCUGCUGCUAAAUGAAAUCUGCAUUGAAGUCUAUCAAGUAGGCCAUGUUUCCUUUUUGUUUACAGGAUUUGAAGCUAGAUAAGACUUUAAAAGCAUUGUCGAAACCUUGGAAUUAAAUUUUACAAUUCCAGAGUCUGACAAAACUGCCAUGCAAAUCCCUUUGGAGGCAAUGCAUUAUAUUUUUUGUCAUCUUAUUGAGAAAUACGUUUCAGAUUUGGGAGGAAAUGGAUUCAAGAAGAGGAGAAAAAUAUGUCUGUACAUAUUUAAUAAUCACAUUUUACAUUCUGGGAAUAAAACAUGUCUGAGAUUAACUUUCUGAAUUUGAUGGGCAUACAGGGCAGAAUGAAACCCAACAUACUCAUUGUAUGUGAGUGUGGUAUUUUCUUUCUUCUCCUCUGCUGGUGCCCAAAGUAGCUGAGAUAAAUAGCGUAGGAGUGCGGUGCUGUAUAGACAAAUGGUGUUACCAAGCUAACACGCUUGAAGCCUGACCUACAGCUAUUUACUCUAAACUCAGUGUUACCAAUGCCAAAGCAUGUCUACACAGAAGUAAAUCCUUUCAAGUUCAGUGGGAUUUACUCUCUGGUAAAUUUGUCUAGGAUUGUAGCUUUUAUUCGGAGGACUUAAUCCCCAACCAGUAUGGGAAGCAUUACUGCCAGGGAAGGAUACAAAAGUGUCAAUAGGAGAUCAAGGCAUAAUCCUCACUUCCAUUUCUAAUCAGAGUUCCUAAUCCACUUUUUUUUCUGCAUUGCAAUACACAGCAAAAAGUAAAGAAGACCACAUCAGAAGAGUAUUCUUACGCAAUGCUAGAAUCACAGCUAAAACAGUAUGUAAUCCAGAGGUGGACAACAGUUGGAGGUUGGAGGAGGGACACAUUAGUCCUCGAGGAGAUCUUGAGGGGCCAUGUCCCCAACUACAGAAUACAUAAGGGGUGAGGAAAGCCGAUCUUGGAGAAGAACCAGCCUUAGUUAUCCUUAGCAUAUCCUUUUAGAUGUAAUUGAAUUUUGUAUCCAAUUUUAAACCUAAUGGCACAACUGCCCUGUUAAGUACUGAUUUACUUACCUCCCUAACAUUUGGAGAUCUGGUGUAGGUAGCAAUAUAAAUGGGGAGCUUGUGAGAGAUUAUGGAUUCCUAACCAUACCACCACCAAUUCUCACCAUUCCUGAAGUUAGCAUAACUUUACUCAGAUCAACACAACUUUCCCCAAGAUUGGGAAACCAGGCCUCUUCUUUCCAUAUAUCAGUAACAAAAGUGUCAGAAUGACAGGGCUUAAAAGAUAUUGUAGAAUCCCAAUAUAAUGUAUGGGGCAACUGCCCUGCUAAGUUAGAUUUCUCUUUGCAAUUUCAGAAAUAAUGGCUGGCAUUCUCAACAGUAUGUACAAGAUGGUAAGAUAGACCUUUCAUCUCAUAGAUUCACAUUUAUAAUCAUGGCACUAUGGUCAUAUUUGGGCCCCUGGUAGCACAGUGUGUUAAAGCGCUGAGCUGCUGAACUUGUGGACCAAAAGGUCCCAGGUUCAAAUCCCAGGAGCAGAAUGAGCAGCCGCUGUUAGCCCCAGCUCCUGCCAACCUAGCAGUUUGAAAACAUGCAAAUAUGAGUAGAUCAAUAGGUACCGCUCCGGCGGGAAGGUAACAGCACUCCAUGCAGUCAUUCCGGCCACAUGAGCUUGGAGGUGUCUAUGGACAACACCUGCUCUUCGGUCUAGAAAUUGAGAUGAGCACCAACCCCCAGAGUCAGUCACGACUGGACUUAACGCCAGGGGAAACCUUUACCUACCUUUAUGGUCAUAUUUGCAAAUGUUCACUAAAAUCCCCUUAGAAACCAAAUAGCUGCACCAACUGACGGAGUUCUAUUAAGCAGGCAAACAAGGCACUGAAGGAUGCUGCAGACAGCCAAGAGAAAGGCAUGUCAAGCAAAUAUUUAUCAUGAGCAUUUUCCACCUGGAAAUCUAUAUCCCCCAUGUGAAAGACCAUGUGAAUCCAGAAUAGGUUUUCACAGUCAUUUAUGGCUUCACUGUCAAGUCUCUACAUCUGAGAGACAAUCCUACUUGGCCACAAAGAUUGCCCAUGACAGUCCCUUCCUACCAGCAACACAUAGAGACCUAUCAUAACUGCCUGGUGCAUUGCAGCUGAAGGAGGUUGGAUGUGUUGUUCAUCAUUACCCCACUUUCUAGCAUCAGAAACUCCAUUAGUUGAUGCUUAUGCCUGCCUUUUAAGAUGGGUUUCAGUGGGUUGAAUUUGAGAGCAAAUUAUAGCUACAAUGUUGUAGUUAUGUCUCCCACACAGAAGAAAAUAACAUUUUUAUUAUCUAAAUAUCUUCAGAGAAAAAUACACACAUAGUAGUGUGAACUGGUCAUGGCAAGGUGAUAAUGAGUGUAUCGUGUAUGCAUUCAAUAUAGUGAAGCAAUUCUAUGGCUGAGCCUAAAUUCUCAAAAACAAGAGGAAAUAUUGCCAGGCUAACCAUUUAUGCUGUUUACAUUUUAUACCAGACAAAAUUAGCUUCCAGAACCAUUAUAGUAGGGGCAUCUACUGCAUGUAUUGGUACAUUAACUGAACAAGAGCUGUAAACAACUUCCUUUAAUGCCAUGACGAGUAACGGUCCUAAAUAGGAAAUUUGUAUUCAAAAGCAAGUUGCAGACUUAUCCUAGCUUCAUCAUACCUCUUAUUACCCAAACCACUGAUGCCUGGAAUUAGCUUGCUGCUGAUUCUUAGCAAAGAGUGAGGAGAGGAAAACAUUCAUUACAUUUUUCAGGGGAUGCUGUGAAGUAACUGAUAAUAAAAUAAUUUAAUCUGGAUUUGCAGACCCAGUUAUUGAGAGCCAAACUGCAGAUGACAUGAGACAUGUGUGAAUUAGGGAUGGUUGAAUGUUCUCUCGCUUCUUCUCAAUGACCCUUAAGGGGGUUGUUUUGAGUACACCCAUUCCUGUACUCAAAAUAACCCCCUGAAAUACCUUCUACCUAUGUGUUACCUGUCUCCAAGGCAAAAUGAAAAUAUCCAUCCUGGGAAGAGACGUUGGAUUUGGAAGUAGAGGUUGGAGGUUCUAUUGACACAUGGAGUGCCAAAUUUGUCUACUGGAAAUAUAGGUUUUAACUACAAAUUCUAGGAAGCUGAAGGAAAAUGGAUGAGUUAGGAAAGAGCAGCAGGUUAUUAGUUAUUUUAAUUGUAAUAAACUGCAGAGAUGAGUUCGGUUAGGGAUACUUAUGUAUCUUGAAUCAAUCAAUCUCUCUCUUCAUCCAUCUAGUUAUAUUAAUAGCUAGCUACUAAUUGUGGAAACAUUAUUGUUCCCACGUAUAGUAUUAAUUUGGAUGAUGAAACAUUCAACCACCUUUCUUGUACUAUUGAUAAAAGGUUUUUAAAAUGCCAAAGUAGAAAUUGUAACGAGCCCAUGACAAAAACAUACGCACAUGCACACACCUAUUUUGUUUGUUUCUGUAGCAUUUGUCAUCUUAAAGCUACAUUUCUUUUCUCCCAGAUUAAUCAAAUGUCGAAUUCUCCUCUCUGCCAGUAUGGAUUUAAACCACAACACUCUUUUCUUAAUUCCUUUGAAAGGUUGUCUUUUUCAUGACAUUGUAAAUUUCCCUUUUUGAGAACUCUCGGAUACCCACAUCAGCUUUAGGACCAUGGUGAACACCUUAAAAGAAGGAAAAUAACAUAGUAACAUCCUUGUGCUUUGUUCUUUUUUGUUAAAAAAAAGUCUGUUAGAAUUAUGUUGGCAUAUCUUGCCUUUUUAAAAAAAAAUGGGUUGGGACAAGGAGAAUCAUGUUGUGCUCUGCAGGGUAUUUCUAAAGUUGUUCAUAUGGUUCAUUUUGUGGUAUUUAACCUCUUGGAUUAGAACUGCUUUUAUAAGGAUCUGUAUGUGAGCUAAUAUGUUCUAAUGAGGGAAAUUAUCUAUGCCUUAUGGUCUUGGCGAAAUUAGACAUAAUAUCACUUGUGAAACUUUUGCUCGCUGGUGAAGUUAGAACAAUAAGGUCUACUUAACCCUGUUGAGCAGUGUAGUAUUCUGAAAUAAGGCUUUAUACUUGCUUAAUCUAGUCUUGUGUUUUUCUUAGAAGCUACAUAGUAUGCACUCAGUGUGAAGAACAAUCAGUGAAAUGCCAUCAAAAUGCAGGUCAAGAACAGUGUUAGGCAGGUGGCAGGGAUUAUGUUUUGCUGGAAUCAAAGAAACAAAAGCUGCCUUCCAACAAUUCAUCUGCUGCUGAUACUGCCAGUCCAACUCUCAUACAAUUAUUUUCUUUCUUGACAUUUCACUCCACCCCACUAUCCAUUGCAAGGCAUCCUUUCUGCAUCAUCUGACGUCAUUUUUUUUCUUACUGAAGCCCCUUCUACAUUGCCAUAUAAUCCAGAUUAUCAAAGCUUUGGAACCAAACCGCUGUAUGCAAAGCCCCUUAAAAGCAACAGUAUAAACAUCUAAAUGUUAUUUUGCAGAAUGAUAUGCUGGCUUUAUUGAAACUGGAUAGUUUAUGCUCAUGCUUCACCGGUUGCUGCAGAACAAUACUUCAUGGCCUUUUCUGUGGAGGCAACUCUAAAGCACCUUGGUUGGAGAAAAAAAAGUAUGUUAAACUAUAUUAGAGUGGAUAAUCAAAGAUAUUGUGAAAGUGUAGCUAACAAUAUUGAGAGAUCAUGAGUCCAAAAAAAUCUGGAAAGCCUCAGUUCCAUAUCUGAUCCUGCAGAGCUGUUUUCUUAUAUAGAAAUCAAUUGCAUAAAUAAUCCAGUUUUGUGUGACAAGAACAAUUUACCCAUUCUAGUAAUGCUGCUUUUAUAUUUGAGAUUUUCUACUUUUGCUUGACACCCUCAUGAAUAUAUUCCAGUAAGGUAUCUUUCUUUGCAAUACAUGAUUUUUUAAAAUCAGAUCAGAAGUGACUUGAGAACAUACUGCAAGUUACUUCUGGUGUGAGAGAAUUGGCCAUCCACAGAAAUGUUGCCCAGGGGAUGCCCGGAUGUGUUCCUGGAUAGUUUCUCUCAUGUUCCUGCAAGCUAGAGCUGAUAAAUGGGAGCUCACCCCAUUUCUCAGAUUCGAACCUGAAACCUUCAGGUCAGCAGUUCACAAGGGUUUAACCCAUUGCACCACUGCGGCUCCCUGUAAUACAUGAUGUGAUCAUAGAAACUGACUUUCUAAAUAUUUGGCUGCCAGAGAAAAACAGAUACAGGAAGAAGAUGAAAUUCUUUGAUUUCACCACUGCUUUGUGAGCUAAAGCAAGUCAACAAAGUAUGAACACUUAUUUUCCAAGCAGAUAUACAAGGUGAGCUAAUGUUGUGCCUGUUAUUAUUAUUUAUUUUUAUCAUGCUUUUCUGAGGAUAUUCAUUAAAACAGUUAUACUAGAAUCCUAAAUACUCUGUUUCCUUUAGGGCAUGUCAAGCAUUGCCAGGUCCAAAAUAACAUUUAAAAAAUGCCCAUUACUCAUAACUGUCUGGUCAUUGCUUAUAAUUGAUCUUCAAGAAAGGUGUGGUUCUACAAAAAGAUUUUAAGUUGUGAAUGAAAGGCCAGCAAAGAGCAGGCUGGUCGCACCUCCAGAGUUGUGGUGCCACCACCAAGAAGGCCCUCUUUAUUGUUCCCACCAACCACACUUGUUUUGAUGAUGGGACCAAGAGAAGGAACCAAGAGAAGGACCUCUCCUGAUGAUCCUGAGGCUCAUGUGUGCUUUAGGAGGUGAUGUGGUCCCUCAAGUAGGCUGGGCCCAAAUCGUUUAGGUUGUUGAGUUCUUAACACUCAGAAGAUCUCUUUUUUGUACACCUGUUACUCUGCCCGUACACAUGACUUCUCUACUAGCCUCUCCUGUCCUUCUCAUCAAUGCAUUAACAUAUUGAAUCAAUUGAGUUGUUUAGCUCCAUUCCUUCGUUAUCUUCCCACCAGUUUUACAUCAUUCAACAUAAAAUCUCUGACUCUGAAAGAUAGCUUUAAGUUUCCAGCUUUUUUGGACUAUCAGCUCUCUUUGGUCCCAUUGUGAGUGUGUAUUUUAGUCGUAAGUGUGUAAGUAGAUGAAUGUUAGAAGUACAAUCAAAUUUUAAGAGCCAAGUCAUUUUUACCAGCAUGACAAAACAUCAGAAAUACAUACAGUUGUAUUUUAAGCCCCAUUUCUCUCUCUCUGGAAUAAACAAAAACAAACGUGUGCAAAAUAAUUAAGAAAUUUAUGUGAAUAUUCUUUCCUCGUUCAUUUAUCAGAUCUUUGAAUAUGGAUGAUAUUCAGAUUUGAUCAUAAUUAGAAUAGAUCAACUGAAUUUAGUUGAGUUUAAGUAAGUCCCACUAAUAACAUUCCUUUUCAUUUUUAUGGAUCAAAUUAAAUGGAUAUUUUGCUGAGUCUUUAACCUUUUGCUUCCUUUUUCAUGUAUCUUUUAAAUUAAUUGAAUUAUAGAACCAAAGUCCUUUAACAUUACAAAAUUAAUUCCUAACAUUUUGAAAAAGUUUAUUGGCAUAACAUUUUGGUUACAUCUUAAGAAAGCCAACACGCAAACAUUUGAUGCCUCCUUGAAGAUAAGAAAGUAUAUGGCCUUGGCUUCGUACCACACUUUCUGUGCCUUGUAUUAUCAAUGUAAAUUCUGAAUGUUGUACAGUAAAGGCUGUUUGGAAAAGUCGCAAUGGCUUCUUUUUCAGAACGUGUACAUUUUGUAUAAAUCGGUAUAUACAUCAUAUAUGUAUCUAUGUAUAUGUAUGCAAAUAUGUUUGUGUGUAUAGAUAUAUGCACACACACAUAUAGUAAUGCCAAACAUGCUAUCUUAGUUGGAGGAAGGAAAUAAGAGAAUCUGGAUGUUUUAUGUAGAGUUUGCCAACAUUGUAUGGCUGCAAAAGCCUUUGAAGAUGUACAGAAUUACAGCAGAUCAGUUAUUUAUUAAUAAAAAAAAUCCUUUUAUUGACA